AUGCCUAUCCCCUUCCUCGCCCCCGUUCUCGGCUACUUUGGAUUCUCGUCCAUCGGCCCGGUCGCUGGAUCCAUCGCUGCUGGAGCUCAAUCGGUCUUCUGGGGAGGCGCCGUACCUGCUGGAGGGUUGUUCGCUGGAGCCCAGAGCGCGACUAUGGGAGGUGGAGCUGCCGCUGCUGCUGCUGCUGCGGCGGCGGCGGCCGGGGCUGCAGGAGUUGCUGAGGAGGUCGCUGGCGCUGCAUCUGGGGCAGGGACCUUUACGCCGGGUCCGACAAGGGAAAGGCCCGAUCAGGUCGAACAAUACGAUUGGUACAAGCAAUAUCAUCGAAGACUCAGCUCAGCAGUCUUUGACACUAUAUCGAGCCCGAGAUCGCGUUUCAAUGGAGUGCCAGGCGAAAUGGUAUUCAUGUUUACAAGACGUGCAUCUGUCUCGAUCUACUCAUUCCCUGUACAUUCUUCGUUGACGACCUCCCAUGGUGUUCCAACUCGAAACGUCAUCUUGCUCAAGCUCUCUCUCUGAAAACCUGAUCGAGGGGCCUGUAUUCGAACAUGGCAUAUUUCGACUCUGCCUUUGAGAAAUGUAUUUGUCUUCGAUCCCAGCCUCCCGUGUGACCCGAUGCCUUGUUACCACAUCGCUCUUGGACUCGGCUUGAGAUAGGUAUUCGACGGGUCAGGGUCGAUGAGCGAGACUUUCCGUCGAGCCUAGCUCUGUUUUUCGUUGUCGCUGUCACUCGUUCAUGUCGUUAUCUAGAUGGAAACAAAAAAAUUCCCGAG